GACGGAUCUGAGAGGGAGGACUCGGCGUCUGCCGCCCCGCAAGAAGAGGCGCAAGACUUGUCGGAGCAGCUCACGGCUGCUGCCCGACCACCGCCCGCUCAGGUCGAAGAGGUCGGGGCCGAUUUCCGACCCACGUCUCCCGAGCCUCCGGCUGAGGACGGAUCUGCGAGGGAGGACUCGGCGUCUGCCGCCUCGCCAGAAGAGGCAUCGAGCUUCGAGCAGGUCGAAGACGUCGGGGCGGAUUUCCGACCCACGUCCCCCGAGCCUCCGGCUGAGGAGCCUCCGACUAAGACCUGCGAGGACGGAUCUGCGAGGGCGGACAAGGAGUCUACGGCCUCCCAAGAAGAGGUCGAAGACGACGGGGCGGAUCUCCGACCCGCGUCUCCGGAGCCUCCUGCUGAGGCCUGCGAGGACUGCGAGGACGGAUCUGCAGGGGAGGAGCUGGAAUCUACGGUCUCCCAAGAAGAGGCGCGCUGCAGGGGACGUUUUGCUCGAGCUGGUCGCAUAA